AUGACGGCAGUUGGUGAUAUCACUACUCAUGAUAGUGGACUAUCCUCUCCAACUAUAAAUUCUCCAGUAAUAUCAGGGUCAGAGACUCCUUUAUAUGAUCAAUGUGAGAAUUCUAAUAUGAGUUUUAGUGAGGCAAAUGAAAGUCUAGAAGAACAAUUCGAAAAAUGUCUUGUUGAAUUUUGUGGUCCUAAUAAUGAAUUUGUCAAAAAACCAAUGAAUCCUUAUAUGUUUUUUUCAAGAGCUGAAAGAAAAAAUAUUUCUAAAUCACAUCCUGAACUUAAAGUUAAUGAAGUUAGUAGAGAGAUGGGUGAAAGGUGGAAAAAAUUAACAGAAAAGGAAAAGCAACCAUAUGUACAGAUGGCUAAAAGACAAUUAGAAGAACAUAAAAAGUUCUUUAAAGAAAAUCCUGAUAGGCAGUAUCUUCCUGCUAAAAAGAAACCUGUAACAGCUAGUAAAACACUUGUUAAUACAACUAGUAUAACAACAACCACUACAAAUAAUUUGACAAAUACUCCACGUUCACAGGAUUCUGCAUUAUUAUCUGCUAUUCAAAGACCUUCAACUGUAUUAAGUAACAAAAACAUUUUAUCUUCUACUCCAAUGUCUGCAACAACACAAAGAGUCAAUGGUACUUUAUCAUCUUAUCAAACUUCCAAUCAACCAAGUAAUGUAGUCUAUUAUCUUCCAACUAAAUCUGUUCAUUCCUCUCGACCUGAGAGCUACCAAAUUUCACAAACUAAUGGUGUUUCUAAUCAAUAUUAUACUACACAAACUCAAAAUACUCAUCCCCUUCGCAUAGGAGGAGGUGGUCCUCAAAAUACGACCUCAAAUUAUGGAUCUCCAGUAUAUACUGGAAUACGCCAACCAGCAGCUCAAAAAACUGCUCCUGAGUUACUUGAUCUUUAUUACACUAGUUUAACUGCUCCUUUAUUUCCACAUUAUUUAGAACAUCCAACAAAUCCUCUUGGUUUAGUUGAAAUGUACAAAUUAGUACCUUUAGCUACGUGUCCUCAUUUAGCUAAAGAAGUGACUUCUUUAUUAAAUUCAGAAUGGCCUAGAUCUGAGGCAGUACGACAACGAAGUAUUGAUAAGUCAUGUAAUAUGGAACCACCAAUGUCUCUAGUAUUAUUUAAAAUUGAAGCAAAUGAUUAUCAUGAAGUUAUUGGGUAUGCUAAAUUAUGUACCAUACCAAUGGAUGAUGAAUCUGCAUGUUGGGUAGAAAGUGUUAUUAUUAAACCAACAUUACGUGGUAAAAAAUUAGGAAUAUUAUUAAUGAAAGAAGUAGAAAAAAUUGCUAUUCAAUUUAACUAUGAUAUCAUGUAUUUAAGUACUCAUGACAAAAAAAAAUUCUAUGAAAAAUGUGGUUUUGAGGAGUGUCCUCCAGUAAAGAAUGUUGGUGCUAAUUCAGAGUUAUUUAAAAAAUUCAACCUUGAUACUUCAUUUAUCGCAAAAAAGGAAGAAACUUCCGUCCUUCAAAAUAAUAGUACAAAAAUUUCAUUUCAGGAGAAGAAUUGCGCUAUUGUUGGAAAUAAUAUACCAGUGCCUCCAUCAUUGCCUCCUUUAUCAUUGUUGACGUCAUCACAAACACCAUUAUCUUCUACUGAUAAUGAAGCAACAAAAAAAAAUAUUAUCGUUAUGAAAAGUGAUUCUUUAGGGUUAACAAGAAUUAUUAAUGAUACACAUAGAAUAUGUAAUUAUUGUGGUAUUGAAUAUAAACUAUCUACUAGCAGUUAUACAAUAUUUAAACAUUGUGCUAAACAUGCACCUUUUCAUUCAAUUUUAAUCCGUCAUUUAGGACCUAAUUCUUUUCAGAAUUAUUUAUCUAUGGUACCUCCAGAUUAUGUUGAUCCACCACCAAUUGAUCCACUUUUUAGUACAAAAUUCAGUAAGAAGAAUGGAUUUGUAAAUUCUGAUGGUAAAAAAGAACCGUCUCCUGGAUUAUUAGAUUCUAAAAGUUUAUGCGAUAUUUUAAAAUUUGGGGACGGAAAACAAAGUGAACGGGAGGUUACCCCUACUUUAACUAAUUUGUCAGAUCUAUUUAAUACAUUGGAUGAAGUUUCGAAGGCAAAUAAAAUAGAUAAUAAAGGCGGUAGUUUGAAAAUGGGUGAUUUACAAGCCAAUGAUAAGAAUAAAGAAGAUAGUGAUUUUGUUGCUGAUGAUCCACUACACGAUCCAAUGAUUGAGGAAAUUAUGUUAAACGCUGAACAACUUCCAAGUGGAUUUAGAAAAAGAUUAAAAACGGAUAAUUUGAAAUUAACAAAAUUAGUUUCUGUGAAGCAUAGAAUUUGUCUAGCUUGUAAUAGAAGAUUUAUGAGUUCUUGUGGAGUGACUUCUUUAUACAAACAUUGUGCAAAACAUCCGGAAUUUAGAGAAAUAUUAAGAAAAAAUUUAACACCAUCUGCUUUAGAAAAUGCUUUGAGAGGAGCUAAGCUUUUACCAAAUAAUACAAAUACAUCCAAUAAUUCAAAGAAAAAUGUUUCGAUACAAAAUGGUGGAAAUUCACCAAACAACUCUUUUGGCAACCUUAGUGUUGAUAAUCUAUUUAGUAGUUUAUUUACAUCAACUUCGAAUAAUGUAAAUCAAGACAUGGAAUCAAUUAAAAAUAAUGACAGUAGUUUCUUUGAUCUAUUAAGGAGUAAUUUAUCAUCAACUCAACAAAUUGAUGAUAAUGACGUUGUUCCGAGACCAUGCAAAAGACCAAGAUCCACUGAGGGAUAUAGAGCCUCUAGCCCUGAAACCAUGUUACAAGAAGAUCCACCGAAAGAAAAAACUCCUGAGAAUGAUGAGCUAAACAGUAUUUGUAUUCAAUUUCUAGAGACAGGAAAUGUUCCUUUUGAGUGCUUUGAUUCAUCUAAUUUUCAAAAUCUUCUUAAACACGGUAGAGAUUCUCAAGAUAUUCCACACAUUAACAGUGAUUUACUUUAUAAGGUGAAAAAUCAAGAGUUUAUCAAAGAAAUAUCAAAUAAAAUUAAUUGGUCUGAAAAUUCUAGCAAAGUUUCUUUGUCAGUGGAUGAAAUAAUCUUAAAUUCACAAGAAACUGUCGCUCCAGUAGUAGUUCAUUACAUGGACAACGAAUAUAAAACUAAUUCAAUUACAGUUGGAUUUGUCGUAGUUAAAGAUAACGGUAAUAGAAAGGCAAUUGAUAUUAUAUCUCAGGAUAUUGAAAAAAUACUUAAAAAAUAUAAUGUUGAAAAAGGUGAUAUCGUUGGUAUCUUGUCAGAUAAGUCACCAACAUCUUUACAACUUAUUGAAAAUUGGAAUUUACCCGGAAUUACUUGUCUCAAAAAAGAGAUUGAAGAUAUCAUUGAUUUUAAUAAUGAAUCUACAUCAAAAAUAUUAAAAAACUUAUUUAUUAAAGCUGUUACAUUAUUUUCUAUUUAUAAUGCUAUUUUUCCUACUUUUCUUGUUACAGGAAAUUUUUUUAAACUUCCAGAAGAAAGAGUCUUUACAUUUUCUUCACAUUGGACAUAUACAUGUUAUAUAUUUUUGAAAUCUAUGGAUAAAAUUGACGAUAUUAAUGAAUUUGCUUCUAGAUAUUGUCACUCAUUACUACUAACAUCAGAGGAAAUUGUUUCUCUUAAACUUAUUAACAAUAUUAUAAAGAUAUUUGCAAAUACUUGUACCAGAUAUUUUAGUGAAGGAAGAGGAUUAUAUUAUUACAUACCAAUAGUUCAAGAUUUGUAUGAUGAUAUUAAUAAAUUAGAUUUAAAUGAUUCUUCUUCUUUAAUAAAAAUUGAUUGGUCAUUUGAAACAAUAAAAAAUGUUUUAGAAUCUCCAUCAUGUACAUAUUUAUGGUUUGGGGUACCUGAUGAAAAUAUGAAUACAGGAAUUACAGAAGAAAACUGUAAAACAAUAGUCAAAGAUUUUUACGACUUGAUUAAGAAUAAGUUAUCUGUACUAAAAGAAAAAGUUUAUAAGGAUGAUAUUUUAUUAAAAGCUUUAUAUUUGAAUUCAAUUGAAGUUUUUAGAAUUAAAUAUGGUAAAGAAAUAUUUUGGAAUGAUCUUGGAAAUUCAUUGGAUCCAGAAACUGAGACAGUCCCUGAAAAUCCAAGUCGAGUUUCAUUUGGUCAAUCUUCUAAAACAAAAGGUCAAAAAUAUAAUAUUUUUGUUACAGAAAAUGAAUCAUAUACUGUGGAAGAAUUUUGGAAACUUCAUAAAUUUUCUUUUAAGAAACUUCAUGAAUAUGUAAAGAUAAUUUUUUGCAUUCCAUCCUAUGGAUUACCUCUAGGAAAAUACAAAGAUAUUUUGAUUGGUAAUGGUAAUAAAUAUUUGAAUGAAAAUUAUAGUACAAUAUUAGCUUACAAAAUAUCACGUAUCUCUAAUUAA